AUGACGGUGGUGGUGGUGGCGCUGGUGACGAUUGGAACGGUGGAUGUGGCAAAGGCAGUGGACAUGGGGAUCGAGGGGUUUGGGCGCGCAAUCCCGCAACCGCGCGACCUCGAGCACGCCAAGGAAUUGCACGCUCAGGCCUUGCGACAUGCCAGUGACCAGCGCCGACGCUUGGGUACCAACUCAGCUGCGUCGGCUCUGCCCAUGCCCGUGGUUGGUCUCUUGCCGGGAGAUGAAUCGCGUCAUCAGCUGCAUCGACAGGCCGGCCGCCAACUCUUCAACGAAGCCCGAGCACGGGGACGCACGUUUGGCGAGCCCGUGGUUCCGACCAUCAAUCCAAUCACCUACGGAGCCGAUCCAACCGGGCGAGAUGAUAGCACGGCCGCCUUCCAAGCAGCCAUGAAAGAUCUCUUGUCUUACAAUGCCUCGGUGCCCAAGAUGGCCUCGGGCAUCACCAACCUGGGUGGCAUCACUAUGGAUCUCCAAGGUGGAGAAUACCUCAUCUCACAGUCCUUGGUCUUUCCCACCUUUUUCGGCAAUGCCCGUAUCGUUCGCGGCUCACUACGAGCCAGCCGCAGCUUCCCGUCGGAUGGCUACCUCAUUCAGAUUGGUCAAGACGGUCGCAGUUGCCAACCGGAUCAACAAAAGUCUUGCAACGAGUUUAUCGAGCUCUCGGAGCUGUUGCUGGACGCCUCUCAAACGGGCGUGGUCGUAAACGGGGGUGCCAAUAUCUUGAUUGGCGUGCACACGUGGAAUGGUGGUGGAAUUGGCAUUCAAGUCAACUCGCACAAUACACGCCUGAGUACCUGCUAUCUCGACUACAACCACCUUCUCAUCAACGACCCAAGCAAAGUGAUUGUGGAAGACACGUUCUUCUUGCAGGCCGUGCAUGGUCAAGCUGAGGACACAAUCCUGCGCUACAACAGCUUCACCAACGACAACCCCGUCGCUGUUGCCAUAAAUGGAACCUUUACCUCGGUGUGUCUAUUGCUCGGACCCGUUUGCGUCUCAAGCAGCACUCAUCAUCGUGGUGGUUCGACUGUGCCAAUGCAUGACCAAUAG